UCGCGCCGCGGAGCGCGCGCGCGCCCCCCCCUCCCCUCUUUCCCUUUUCCCUUUUCCCGCCUCCUUCCCUCAUUUCCCCCCCCUUCAUCCCAUGGACAUGGCACGGCCACCUUAAAGCGCCGCGCCGCCCCCUCCUCCCCCGAUCGCCGGGGCCGCUAUGAGUCAGGUGUGAAGCCCCCGCCGGGAGGAGGUCAUUCCCCUCGCUGGCUGCAGCCCUGACGCUGGGAUUUUCCUUUUUUUGGCUUUUUUUUUUAUUUUUUUUUUCGGCCCCACCACCUCCCUCCUUCCCUCCCUCGCUCCCUCCCUCCAGGAAUCCAGCGCUGCACCGGAGCCAGAAGAGAGGGAGCAAAACCCAGCCCAGGCCGAGAGCCGCGUCCAGAAACCAAACCCGCCCUUCGCGUCGCAAAGGAGAAAUUUUUUUUUUAAUUAUUAUUAUUAUUAUUUUUAUUUUUAAUACCCCUGACCCGAGCACGGUGGCGGCAGCGGCACCGGGGCAGGGAGGCUGUCCCGGUUAUUUAUUCUCUCCCCGCAGAGCUGUCCCUCCGGCUCACCAUGAUGUUCCGAGACCAGGUUGGCGUGCUGGCCGGGUGGUUCAAGGGCUGGAACGAGUGCGAGCAGACUGUUGCGCUGCUCUCCCUGCUCAAACGCGUCAGCCGGACCCAGGCUCGCUUCCUCCAGCUCUGCCUCGAGCAUUCCCUGGCAGACUGCACCGAGCUCCACAUCCUCGAAGGGGAGGCCAACAACCCCGGAAUCAUUAAUCAGUGGCAACAGGAAUCCAAGGACAAAGUGAUCUCCCUCUUGCUGACCCACCUGCCUUUACUGAAGCCCGGCAACAUCGAGGCGAAAGUCGAGUACAUGAAACUCUUGCCCAAAAUCCUGGCGCACUCCAUCGAGCACAACCAGCACAUCGAGGAGAGCAGGCAGCUGCUGUCCUACGCCUUGAUCCACCCUGCCACCUCGCUGGAGGACAGGAGCGCCCUGGCCAUGUGGCUCAACCACCUGGAGGACCGCACGUCGUCGUCAUCGUCGUCGUCGUCGUCGGGGGGCUUUGGUGGGCAGGGCCGGGGCCGCUCGGACUCGCUGGACUACGGGCAGGCUCACUACUAUCACCAAAGACAGAACUCCGACGACAAACUCAACAACGGCUGGCAGAACUCCAGGGACUCCGGCAUCAGCGUCAGCGCCUCCAGCUGGCAGGACAAAAACCUGGCCUGCGAGAACGGCCACCUGCCCCUCUACUCCUCCUCCUCCGUCCCCACCACCAUCAACACCAUCGGCACUAGCACAAGCACCAUUCUCUCAGGCCAGACACACCACAGCCCUUUGAAACGCUCUGUGUCCCUUACCCCACCCAUGAAUGUGCCAAACCAACCUCUAGGACAUGGAUGGAUGUCUCAUGAGGACUUACGAGCUAGAGGACCCCAGUGCAUCCCUUCCGAUCAUGCCCCCCUGUCUCCACAAAGCAGUGUAGCCUCUUCGGGAAGUGGUGGGAGUGAACAUUUAGAAGAUCAGCCUUCUGCUCGUAACACAUUCCAGGAGGAAGGGAGUGGGAUGAAAGAUGUCCCAGCCUGGCUGAAGAGCCUCCGGCUGCACAAGUACGCCGCCCUCUUCUCCCAGAUGACCUACGAGGAGAUGAUGGCCCUCACCGAAUGCCAGCUCGAGGCACAAAACGUUACCAAAGGCGCAAGACACAAAAUAGUCAUCAGUAUCCAAAAGCUAAAAGAAAGACAAAACCUGCUCAAAUCUCUAGAAGGGGACAUCCUGGAAGGCGGCAACUUGCGUGUCCCGCUGCAGGAGCUGCACCAAAUGAUCCUCACCCCCAUCAAAGCCUACUCCUCCCAAAACUCGAGCACGGAGGAGCACAGCCGGGAGGUGGACUCGCACCACGGCCACCCCUCCUCCCUGCUGGGCUCGGACAGGGACAGCCAGGGCUCGGACUGCAAGGACUCGGCGGCCGCUGCCGGGAUGCAGCAGCACCAUCUGCCGGGAUGCGAGGGCGAGUCGGGAGGGGCCCCUUUGCCCGAGGGCGACCUGCCCGGGCAGUUCACCCGAGUGAUGGGCAAAGUCUGCACACAACUUUUAGUUUCCCGACCCGACGAAGAGAAUAUAAGUUCCUAUUUACAGCUCAUAGACAAAUGUCUAAUCCACGAGGCGUUUACAGAGAUACAGAAGAAGAGGCUGCUGUCAUGGAAACAGCAGGUGCAGAAACUCUUCCGGUCUUUCCCUCGGAAAUCCCUCCUGGAGCUGUCGGGCUAUCGGCAGCAGAGGAGCCGAGGCUUUGGCCAGUCCAACUCGCUGCCGACCGCCGGCUCCGCGGGGGCGGGGCUGGCCCGGAGGAACCCCCGGCAGUUCCAGAUCCCCUCCCGCAACCUCCCCACGGCCCGGCUGGGGCUGCUGGGCCCCACGGGGCUGCUGGGCACCCCCCAGCGCAGCCCUGCUGCCAGCCCUGCCAUCCUCAAGCAAGGCAGACAGAACCUGUGGUUUGCCAACCCUGGGGGCAGUAACAGCAUGCCCAGCCGGAGCCACAGCUCGGUGCAGAGGACACGCUCGCUGCCGGUCCACACGUCCCCACAGACCAUGCUGAUGUUUCAGCAGCCAGAGUUCCAGGUGCCGGUGACUGAACCUGACAUCAACAACAGGCUGGAGUCCCUGUGCCUGAGCAUGACGGAGCACGCACUCAGCGAUGGUGUCGACAGAACCUCCACGAUCUAGAAGGCGUCGCCACGGGGACGCUGGGCGGGACAACAACACCAACUGCUGCGGGUCCAGCGGCGAGGUCGGGGCCUGAGGGAGCCUCAGCGAUAGCUUGCAUCCUUUCUCCUCUCUCCUCUCCUCUCCUCUCUCUCUCUCUCUCUCUCUCUCUCUCUCUCUCCUGUUUUAAUUUUGUGAAUGUGUAGAUUGUCCUUGUGAACAUAUCAUUAGACUUGGAAUUUGUGUUGUCAUUUAUUACAUCCAUGCUAAGGGUGGGGGGGGAAAGAUGGCAAAAAAAAAUUAAGAUCUCAGCGACAACGAUGAAGCAGCAUGGGGAGGUUGGGGUGCACAUGGAGGAGGAGGAGAGUGCUGACAAUGGAGGGUUCACCAUGGGCAAACCCUGCUCCUGGAGGAGGAUACCAAGGAGCACGGAGCACCACGUGGGGGUGUGUGACCAAAAACCCUUUGGGGAGGAUUCCUGCCCUGCCCGGGGCUGCGGGGCCGGCUGUCCCAUCUCUCGAGUUUCGCCGCUUUCGGGUGCGGGCUGACCCGGCGAGCCCAGAUUGAAACAGAAAUAAUAAAAUAACCCCAAAAUUUCCUUUCAGUUUAGCCAAGAGAUCUGCAGUGUGCACGCAGCGUUGUGCUCAGGGCAGUGGAGGGUCAGGGGUGCCUGUCCCUGCACCCCAGUUGGAUUGGGAUGCAGGAUGGAGUGGGAGCAUCUCACCCAGAGGAGGGUCCUGGGGGAGUCUGAAUUUGGGGACACUGGGAGAGGUUCCUGCAUCCUGGCUCCACACAUCUGGCCCAGCCUGCCCAAAUCCAGCUGUAAUGGGCUCUUCCAGCAUGGCCAAUGAGGGAUGGAGGAUCCCCCAAAUAAAACCCAAGUCACAAAGGGCACCAAAAUGCAGCUUCACAGCCUUGUUUUCUUGGCAUUAACUGUGGGGCUGGCAGGGGCUGGGCUGCCCCUCACCCACUGCUGCUUUUUAUAACGGGAGCUAAAUUUGGUGUUAAACUGGUAAAUCUGACCCAGCACUGCUCUGACCUGCAGUGAUGCUCCCCCCAGUCCCAGUGCUGCUCCGAGUCCUCCAAUGGAAUAAUAACAAAUAUAAAAUCAAUUAAUUGAGCUGAUGGGUGGCAGCAAUAUUUCCAAAAUGGGCUGUGAGGAGGACAUGGGCAGCAUUGUGUGCCAGGAUCAGAGGGAGCAGGGCUCAGGGGGAGCCAGAGCAUGGGCAGGGCUGGGAGACGUGUGAAUCCUUUUGUCAUGCAGCGUUUUUAAGUUGUUUUUCUAAAAAAAAAAAAAAAAAGAAAUAUAUCUAUAUAUAUAUAUAUGUAUACAAAAACCCAAGUGCCAAAUGCAAUGUUUUAUGUUUGCUGUUCCUUGGUGUCCUGCUUCCCGGCAGACAGGAGGUUGAGGGGGUGAUGGGGAGGGUGGAGAAGGGAAAACCUGAAGGCCAGGGAGGUUGGGAAGAGGUGUGAGGAGGUGAAGGCAAAGCAGGGUGGGCGCUGGGGACCUGGGUCACCCCCGAGCAGCCCCAGCUUGUGAGGUGUGAGCAGAGCCACCGUGGCAGGAGCCUCCCUCAGGGAGACUCCAGUGUAUUUACAGAGCUGAAAUUCUAUUUAUUCCUUCGCUGACUAUGGACACGGAGGUUUUCUGAUUGUUCAGAGAGAUUAUUUUGGAUAUUUUACCUAUUAACUUGCUGUGGCUGGGAACCAUGAUAAUGUCUGUUAUUAACAACCACCAAAUAAUUCAAUUGUUUUAUCCUUUUGAUGUUAAAAAAA